CCUCAUUAGGGCCGCCCUUGGAGCUGCAGCUGGUGAGCCGGGCGGGGAACUUCAGACUCACCUGGUCGGAGUCGCCAAGAGUUCGGCGCACCAGCCCAGUGGCCGCAAUUCCCACCAAACCGCGAGCCUCCAGACAUGGCCCCGCAGGCAACAAAGCGCAGAGGGGCCCCGCUUGGAGCCGCUUGCUUGCAGCUCCUCCUCGGCCUCCUGGUAUUAAGUUUAUGUUGUGAAGCUUCCAAAAAGGUUACCUUAAAUGUGCCUACAAAACUAAACCCUGACACACUAAUUGGCCAAGUAAAUCUGAAUGGGUAUCUUAGAACUCCUCACCUGAUCAGUACAAGUGACCCUGAUUUUAUAGUUCUGGAAGAUGGUUCUAUAUUUACAUCAAAUGCAGUUUCUUUGUCUUCUGGAAAGAAAACAUUCACCAUUUUGCUCAAGAACUUGCAAAAUAAUAAGCAAAAGCAAAUCCAUGUCAACUUGCUGUCACAUCCCCCAAAGACACACAAAACAGGAGAGAAAGUUCUUAGACGCAGUAAACGAAGAUGGGCUCCUGUACCAACCACUAUAAUGGAAAAUUCACUGGGACCUUUCCCAAUGCAAAUUCAGCAGCUAUCUUCUGAUUCAGCUCAAAACUACAACAUUACCUAUUCCAUUAGUGGUCCUGGUGUGGAUCAGCCACCUUUGAAUUAUUUUUACAUUGAAAAAGAAACAGGAAAUCUCUUUGUUACUUGCCCAAUAGAUCGGGAGGAGUAUGCAGAAUUUCAGAUAAUUUGCUAUGCAAAGACAUUAGAUGGCUACACACCAGAGAUUCCACUUGUACAUUUAAUCCGAAUUGAGGAUGAUAAUGAUAAUCCCCCAAUUUUUAAUCCUGAUACAGUUACUUUCAGUAUUUUAGAGAAUAGCAGAUCUGGAACCUUCAUUGGGCGGAUGACUGCAACAGACAGAGAUGAACCCGGCACUCUGCACACUAAACUGAAAUACAGAAUUGUGGGACAGACUCCUGCUUCAUUUCGGGGUGGCUUUUUAUUUACUGUACAUGCAGAUUCUGGUGAUAUUUCUUUGCAUACCCCAUCCUUGGAUAGAGAGAAAAUAGAUAGAUACACGGUAUUACUGGAAGCAAGAGAUAUGGGAGGUCAGAGUUUUGGUUUAUGCAACACUGGAACAGUUAUAAUUGAAGUUGGUGAUACAAACGAUCAUGCGCCGAUGUGCGAACAUGGUGUGUAUGAAGUAUUUAUACCUGAAAACACAGUGAAUGCAGAAGUCACGAAAAUUGUUGUGAUAGACAAAGAUGUACGGGGAACUCCAGCCUGGCAUGCUACUUUCAAUAUUAUAAAGGGAAAUGAAGAUGGUUCUUUUAAAAUUGAAACAAACCGGGAUUCAAACACUGGUACCUUAUGUAUUAAAAAGGGUCUGGACUAUGAAAAAACCAAGGAGAGAAGAUUAGAAAUUGUUGUGAAUAAUGAAGUACCUUACGUUUUGGCACCAAAUUCAGGACCAAUUUCUACAAGUACUUGUGUUGUUGUUGUUAAAGUACGAGAUGUGGAUGAAGGGCCUGAAUUCAAUCCUAAAAUAUAUAUUUUGGAUAUAAAAGAAUGUUUGAAAGUUGGAACAGAGGUUGGCCAGUACACCGCAAGUGAUCCAGAGACCGGAAAUAGUGAAGACAUACGUUACAGAAUAAUAAAGGACCCAUGUAACUGGAUCGCCAUUAAUAAUGAAGGUCAGAUCAGCAUCGCUAAAAUGUUAGACAGAGAUGUACCAGAUUUACCAUCACAUCAAUGUAAUGUAACAGUUGCUGCAACAGACCGAAGUGGCAAAUCAGGCACUGGAACAAUUGUAGUUAAUCUACUAGAUGAGAACGAUAAUUACCCAGUCAUUGUUCAAAAAGAGUAUAUAAUAUGCAGAGACAGAAAACCAAUUUGUCUUACUGCUGUGGAUGCUGAUAUAGAUCCUCACACAGUUCCCUUUACUUUUUCCAUUCCUGAAAGAGACACUCCAAACUGGAGAUUAACUGAAAAUGAUGACAGAUCAGUAUAUUUGGAACCAUCAGAUGCAUUAAGCUUUGGCCAAUACACAAUUCCUAUUAGAGUAUCUGAUAAUGAAGGCAACUUUGGGGUUUCUGAAGUCAAAGUUACACUGUGUGAUUGUAUAGCUCCUAAAGAUUGUAUUUACCCACCAAAAUCAUUUGAACCACUUCUGAACCCAGAUGUUACUCUUGGUAUUUGGGCCAUCCUUGCUAUGAUUUUGGGAUCAUUGCUGCUAUUAUUAAUCCUGAUCACGCUUUGUGGAUGUUUUGGUGGUGCACCCAUGGCUGGCACUAAGCAUGUCCAUGAUGAUUUGGCCAAUCAGAAUUUAAUUAUAUCUAAUACUGAAGCACCUGGAGAAGAAGUGAUGGAUCCGAAUAUACUUCCUGUGAAAACAGGAAACAUAGUUACCUCUGAUCACGGUGCUGCUUCUGGAAUAAAAACAGGGGGACAGGAAAGUUUCGAAAUGGUCAAAGGAGGACACCAGACCAUGGAUUCGGUUAGGGGAGGAGGUCAGCACACCUUGGAAUCUGUCAAAGGAGCAGGCCAUCAUACUUUAGAAUCUGGAAGGGGAUAUGGGCAGUCCAUGAUGGAUACUUACAGAUACAACUAUUCAGAAUGGCAGAAUUUCACACACCCUCGUCUGACUGAGAAAGUAUAUCUGUGUGGGCAAGAUGAAGAGCAUAAGCAUUCCGAUGACUAUAUUCUUUCAUAUAACUAUGAAGGAAGAGGAUCGCCAGCAGGCUCUGUAGGCUGCUGUACUGAUCAGCAAGAAGAAGAGGCACUUGACUUUUUAGAUCAGUUGGAACCAAAGUUUAGGACAUUAGCAGAAACUUGCGUGAAGAGAUAGAUGACAGGGUGGAAAAUCAUCACUGCUUUUAUGCAGAAUAGCUAUUUCGAAGCUUGAAUACACCAGAUUUAUGUUUCUUGUUUUUCCUGUAACGGGUGUGGUUAGUCUAAAGUACAGUCUAACAUUAGGCUUGUCAGGACUAAGGUUUCUGUAUCUAAACUUCAGGUGCUGUGUUCUGUUUUGUUUUAGACUCUCUUUAGCUGUAACGUCAAUUUGUAAUUAACUUGCUUUCCAAAUGCAACAGUUUUAUUAUUUUUUUGCAUUUCAUGGGGAUUAUUUGGGGAUGCUAUUCCCAUAAUUUUCAGGUUUCAACCACGAUAACUAGGAAUUCUGGGAGCUGCAGCCCUUCCACAUCUAGACUAUCCCCACUGGAGAAAUUGACCGUAGGAAAGCCAGGUUCAUUAUUUCCUACUUUUAGAGAUUUUGCCUUAAGCUAGCUAUUUUUGCCUGGGUGUCAGCAAGCUUUCUUUAACUUAGCUAAAUCUUUAGUUUUAUAGGGAGAAAUGACAAAGGAUUGCAGUUAUUAAUUACUUGCAUCUUAUGAAAACAAAGAUUCUUUUCUAUUUUCAGAUCAAGAUACCAUUUUUUUUCUGGAAGAACUUCCUUUCCAUUCAUAUAACCUCUAGCUUUCCUGUGUUUUUCUCCUUAAAACCCAGUGUUUUUUGAUCACUGAGCAUAAUUAGGCUUUAUCAUCCUUUUUUAGGAUUUGGAGUGGGGAUUGGCAAGGGUACUUUGGCAAAGGUUGGUUUUCCCCUGCUAAUGCUUUCCUCCUUUUAUGUGGAUGUUGUUCUUUUGACUAAUAAAGAUCUUUUAACAAAGAAAUUGCUUAUAUACCAUGAAACGUCUCUCUUAAAUAAAUCUUUUUAAUUAGAGAAUACACGGAAUGAAAAGCAGAAAUGAUUUAGUGUAUACAUUGAUAAUCUUAACAGUAUAGCUAACAUAAAGGGAUGUACUUAAUAUCAUUGCAGAAUUAAGCACAGAACUGCAACUGCAACAAUUUCCCCCAAGUGUUUAAAUUAAUUGCAAAGUUUUAUUUGCCUUGUUGUUCACCUGACGAAUACUUUCCUUUAGUGUAAUUUUUAAUCACAUCAUAAGCAGAGGUAAAACUUGCGAGUGGAAAAACUACUAAUAUCAGCACUCCAUUUUCUUUUCUUUCAUCAAAAGCAAAAUACAGAGCCAGACUGGUUAAGGAACAAUGUAUGCUGACUCUUCAUUUUAUCUAAUGAAUCAUGCUUUGCAAUUUUUAUGUGUGAACUAACAUGAUCCUUAUUAUUCUGGUGUAAUAUAGAUUCAUUAUAUUUGUACACCUAUAGUUAGAGAAUUGGAAAGAUACAUAGGGUGCUAGAAAUCUAUAAUCAUAAAAAAUGACAAAAAGCAUAUAGUAUUUGAAGGUACUUUUUUAUAGACUGAAGGCUUUACCUUCACAGGUACAGCCUAAACAUAGAGCUGAAUCUAGUCUUCCUUAAACUAAAUAAUUGGAAAAAUUAUAACCUGUUUAUUUAAUUAAUUUUGAUUGAGGUGCUCUAAAUAUAAUUGGGUCCAGAUACAUUUUUACAGAUCUUUUAAUAAGAGAUAAAUAAAAGUUCUGAUAGUCUAUAUUUACUAGCAAACAUAAGUAGUUUCAGAGAAAAGUGUUGUUGUUGCUAUUGCUGUUGUUGCUAAUAGUAGUUUGCAUUGUAUUCCUGAUAUGAACAUUUAAGUGCAUCAGUAGGAAAUGACCAGGUCUUAUAUAAUUGGAUAUAAAAGCAUAAAACACUGUUAUUUUUGAUGCACUUAAUAUCUUAAAUAUUAAAAGAAACAUCUCGGAAAAAUAGGAAAUAAAUUAUGGGUCAAGGUUUUAUUAAACAACUUGAUUCCAAUUUCUGAAAUUUAAUAGUGUUAUCUCACAGUCUGCCCCAUACGUGACCACUUAAUGUGACUAAGCCAUGCUCAAAGUAGUGGAAGUAGUUAAUAGUAGCUGCAUUUUGCAUUGGUUUUAAUAUGAUAGACUUUACUAAUUUUAGCUUACUCAUAUGUUUGUAAACUAAGGGCAAAACAAAUAUGAUUGAGUAGAAGCAAGAAAAAUGGACUGUAUCAAGGCUUCAUUCUUAAUAAAUUUUCCAGAGAUAACAGAGAAUGGGUUACUUUGUAAGUUUUGAGAAACUUUUUUAAAAAAACAACAAAACUAUAGUUAGCUUAGUUAUUUGCUCAACCUAUUACAUCAUUUAAGCAAAAAUUCUGGGUGGGAAUUCUGUGAAUUCUAAUCCAGUAUAACUGGAGGGUGCAGUAUUGGGCACUAUGUAGUACUCCAUGUAAAUUUUAACUGUUAUGUGAGUAUUGCCAUUGAGGGCAGUUACGGUUUUCCAUCUUCUGCCCCUUCCCCUUCCUCCCAGUUAUAUGACAUUUAUAAUUUAAAUGUAUCCUCUUCAUAGCUAUUACAGAAAAUAAAACCCUCCAGAAUAAUUUAUGUUCUAAAGAAUGCUACAUUGUCUUAACAUGGCAAUUAGGUUUGAAUUUAUUCCUCCUUAUCAAACUUUGUCAAUGUUUGUGUCAGUUUAUUGCAACUGAAGUCCAAUUUUUGUCAGUUUAUAAAUUACGGUCAUUGCAAAAGCCUAUGGCUGUAAUUAAGGGGGGAAAAAAGAAAAUAAUGUACUAAGUAUGAAAUAUAAAAUAGAAAUUCAUAAUCAGACUCGGUAUAAAGAAAAUUGAUAAGAACCCGUACAAUUGGGACUGAGACAUCUUCAGGUAAGCUUUCUUGGUCAUAAAAUUGGUUCAUUUCUGAGCCCUGAAGUUGUAAUAUAGGGAUAAUACUUAGUAUUGCACUAUAUUUGAGGUGCUUUGAAUGUUCAGGCAAAGUUUUGUACAUAUAUUAUUAUAGUUUCUGGUUUUUAAGUAGCUUAGAUAUGGGUUUUCUCUGCUUUCCUCCUGCUUUUUAUACUUGCCUAGUACAGUACUAGCAAAUAUUUUAAUUAUGAUAUUAAGACUUCUUCAUUACUAUGGGGUGCAAAGAUUAAAGUGUCUGUAUUUUUUAAAAUUAGGAUGUUUUUAAUCAGAGGUCAAUAGCAGACAAACCUCUUUCUAAAAGACAGUUGUUGGUUGUUAUCCAGAUUUUUUCCCAUACAGCAAUGCUGAGAGAUAUGGAUUAGGCUAGAGUGGGACAUAAACUUCCUCCUCCUAUGCAUUUUUGGCAGAUUAACUAAUAAGGAAAAUCUCCCUUAAAAGAAUGUUAAAAGUUAUGGUAGUCCUUAAUUUCUCAUUUGGGAAAAAAUAAAGACUGAAAUAAUGCUUGUUUAAAUCUUAGUAUGUAAAGUUGAUAUUUUAUGUAUUAAAUUACAAAAAUAGAAUAAAAAGUAUCACAAUUUACCAGCAAAGUAUGUUCCAACUUAAAAUGAGUUGUUGUUUUUUGCAACUCUGUUUCGAAGUAGUUGUUUAAACAUACUGUAUAAUUUCAUAUCUUAAAAGCAUUUUUACAUGAACAAUACAAUGUCUUCUGUGUAAAAAUAAAGAUAACUUCUGUAAAACCUGCUUAUUUUUUUAUGUUCUAACUAAUGUUCACUGGUAAGAAUAGAUGCAGUUUGAGGUUGUAGCUGGAGCUUAUUUAUUACUCAGGCUUUACCAUUUUUCUGUCUACAAUACAGAAAAAUAAUUAACAGUUAACAUCCUUUUCAAGUGUUGCAAAGUUGUUCAGUUAUAUAAUAACUCUGCUGCGCUUUGAAUAUCGUUGUCAAUCAAAAGGCAUUUAACAGAAAAGAAAAUGCGGAAACAGUUUUUACAUGUGAGUUGAUGAGUGAAAAAUCCAAGCAAAAGGCAGACUGCACAAUGUAAAUCUUUUCUAGAAUUUUCUGAUUGUGUGGAUUUUAUCAGCUUCAGUGAUGGUAGAUGGUAGAUGGUAGGAAUACAGCCAAAUGGUUCUUAACUGUUGCAGGGUUUGAUUCCUACACAGAAACAUUUUUAAAUUAGAAUCUUCACCAAUUACUGCAUAGUAAUUUCUGUCAAUCUUAUUUCAUCCUUGAUUUAUCAAGGAUUAUAUCUCAAUAUUGUAUAUCUAUACUGUAUUUGCAUUUAGCCAAUUUUAUAUAAAACGAUACAGUAAAAUCCAUCUGCCUGUAAAAAAAAAUUGUAAUGCAAAUCAGAUUAAAAGCACAAUGUACAUUU